AUGUCGCAAGAUCCUUUCCUCGAAGCCCAGGCCGACAUCCUCGCAUUGCUCCAACAAUGCCGACCACUUCUGCAAUCCUACCUGCGCAUACGAUCCUCUGCCCCCUCAGCCAACUCGCCAGAACUAGCAGAAGCACGGCAUGAGCUGGAGAGCACCCUCACAGACCUGACCACAGACCUCCAAGACCUAGUCGACAGCGUGAAAGCCGUCGAAGGAGAUCCCUCGCACUACGGCCUCACAGUCUCCGAAGUCCAACGCCGACGGAAACUAGUAGACGAUGUCACGUCAGAGGUGGAGAAUAUGCACCAUCAACUCUCCACCACAGUCGCGACAGCCGACCGCCAACGCCGCGCCUCCCUCGCCCACCCGGACACCUUCCACCCCGGCGACGAUGACGACGACCCCUUAGCCGGACACGGCGGCGAAGGAGACGACGACGACUACGGCGCCUGGGAGGAACAGCGACAAAUGGAGAUCAUGCACGAGCAGGAUGAGCAGCUCGAGGGCGUGUUUCAGACGGUGGGGAAUUUGCGCUUGCAGGCUGAUACGAUGGGACGGGAAUUGGAGGAGCAGGCGGAGUUGCUUGAUGAGACGGAGGCGAUUACGGAUCGUGUUGGAGGCAAGUUAGGGCAGGGGUUGAAGAGAAUCCGGCAUGUUGUUGAGAGGAAUGAGGGCAAGCUCAGCCCACCGGCAUGCGACUUCACUUCGAUGGUCAACUUCGCCAAUUUACUGGAUUAUAUCAUAUGA